CUAAUGACAAUUUAUCCAAUCUGGUAUUGCAUAAAUACCGACGGGGGAGACUUAAUAUCUGUUACUUAAACAUCGUUUUGUUCCUAUUUUACUGAUAACACGGGCGUAAAAUGUAUUUACACCGCGUUUAAUACCAGUAGAUUAACGGUAGUUAUAAAACUGAUGUAAAACAGCAGGUGUAAAUGUACUAAUUCAUUCGACCAACAGCAAGUGGCGCUCAUGCGGGAAAAAUCGCUGCAACCAGAGAUGAGCAUCUCUGCUGCAACAAACUACGGACCCGGGGUGAUUCAUGUUUUUCAAUAUUCUUUUUGCGCAGACAGAACAAGGAUAAUUUUUGCGACUUUCAUACACUUAUAAAUGUAGUGUCGAACGGAAAUUUAAUAAAAAGUAUAUUAAGUCCAUUGUGUGUACACAGUGGGCUUGCAAAAUAUUUUUCCACUGCCCAUAAUAACCUUGAAACGAAGAUGUCCUUUGAAUCGGAGAAACAAAAGUAUUUCCAUAUGCCCAUUGAAGAAAAACGACAAUUUUAUAAAACAGGCAUGACAACUAUAGAUCAAAUUUUGUCAUGGACUGAUUAUUGGAAUAAGAAUAAAACUAAUAUCGGGGUCACAACAUUGGAAAAAGUGGAAAAAGUGAAUACAGAAUUGGCUGAUAAAAUUUCUUUAUGGCAAGGUGAUAUCACUUCUUUGGAGAUUGAUGCAAUUGUGAAUGCAGCAAAUUCAAGUUUACUAGGAGGAGGUGGAGUUGAUGGAGCAAUUCAUAGAGCAGCAGGACCAAAUCUCAAAAAAGAAUGUGCAACACUGGGUGGAUGUCAUGUUGGAGAAGCUAAAAUAACUGGAGGUUACCUGCUGCCAGCUAAAUAUGUCAUUCAUACAGUGGGACCUCAGGGAGAACACCCGGAUAAGUUAAGGGAAUGUUACAAAAGUUGCCUUGCUGUUGCUAAAGAGAAUCAACUUCGUACCAUAGCAUUUCCAUGUAUAUCUACAGGUGUAUAUGGGUACCCUCAGAGGCCAGCAGCUAAAGUAGCUUUAGCUACAGUUAAAAAGUUUCUCCUCGACGACAAAGAUCAAUUUGACCGAAUAAUUUUCUGUGUUUUCCUUCCUUCUGAUAAGGACAUCUAUGAAGAGUUGCUUCAGAAAUACUUUGGUCUUGAAUAAGUAACCUCAUGUUAUUCAUUUGUAAAAUAUAUUCCGUUACCAAUGGCUGUAAACUUAUUAGAUUUUUGUGGAUGAAACAUUAUCAAAUAUUAAAGUACACCAAUUUUACAUCGAACAAAAAUACCGCACCUUAUUCUUCCUGCGUGUUUUCAGCAUACCUGAAAUAUUAAAAGAUUAUGCACCAAAGAGCUCCUUUUUUAAAUUU